AUGAAGAAAAAGGCAUCACGGGAUGAACUUUUGUUGGUAAACCGUGUCCAACAGGGAAUAGUGGGUGCCAUUCACACAUGUAAAAGGGCACCAUCACUCGAAGGUGGAUUUGGUUGCCAACUUUCGUUAAGGAGGGGUUCAAAUAAUGAUUUUUCUAAGCUUCAGACUGACUUUUGCUUACCUGUUAUAUUUUCUGAAACUUUGAAGUCUCUCCCUCUUCCUCAUCAAGUUUGUGAAAGACUGUUGUGCCCCUUAAUUGGACCACGCCCUACGCUGAAGGGAAACUUCCUUAAUGUGAAAUUGUGGAAACUGAGGGGCUGGGGUCUAAGGGAGGGCAAGCCCUCGCAACGGGAACCUUCGAAUCCUGGGGUCAUUCUGAAUACAAAGAAUCAUCAACAGUUGGUGGUUGAGAAUGCAAUUGUUUCCAUAAAAUUUUCAAGACCAGAGGGUUACAUCCUUGGAAUGUCAUAUAAAGGAAUUAACAUACUUGAAGAUGAAAACGAAGAACAAGAUAGAGGUUACCUGGACGUCGUUUGGAAUAAGCCAGGAAAAUCUAGUAAUUUUCAGAGAAUCAUCGGGACAAAUUUUUCGGUUAUAGCAGCUGACGACGAUAUGGUGGAACUUUCAUUUAUGAGAACAUGGACAUCAUCCAUGAAUGGCUAUAGUGUCCCCAUGAACAUUGACAUGAGAUACAUUUUGCGAAGUGGUGAUUCAGGAUUUUAUUCAUAUGCAAUAUUUGAUCGCCCUGAAGGAUGGCCUGCGCUCGAGAUUGACCAAAUUAGGAUCGUUUACAAACUCAAGAAAGCCAGGUUCAGCUACAUGGCAAUGUCAGAUGAAAGGCAAAGGAACAUGCCAACGAGGAGAGAUAGAGAAACUGGUCAAACCCUGGCAUACCCAGAAGCGGUUCUUUUAACCAGACCAAGCAACCCGGAAUUCAGAGGAGAGGUGGAUGAUAAAUACCAAUACUCAUGUGAGAACAGGGCUAACACUGUUCAUGGAUGGGUGAGUGUUGAUACUGAUGCACCCGUGGGUUUUUGGAUGAUAACCCCAAGUAAUGAGUUCCGCAAUGCUGGUCCCAUCAAGCAAGACCUUACUUCACAUGUUGGCCCCAUUACCCUCUCGAUGUUUAUGAGCACGCACUAUGCUGGCAAGGAGGUAACCAUGGCAUUUGAAGAAGGGGAGCCUUAUAAAAAGGUUUUCGGUCCUGUGUUUGCCUACGUUAACUCUGCUUCAGGAGAGGAUGGUACACUAUCCCUCUGGUCAGACGCAGUGCAGCAGCAAGCCAAAGAAGUCAGACGUUGGCCUUACGAAUUUCCUAAAUCAGUAGAUUUCAUUCCACCCAGCGAAAGGGGAAUAGUUUUGGGAAGAUUACUAGUCAAAGAUAGUUACUUCAGAGGAGGUAGACUUCUGUAUGCUAACAAUGCUUAUGUUGGUCUAGCAUUGCCUGGAGAUGCAGGGUCAUGGCAGAUAGAAAGCAAGGGCUAUCAAUUCUGGACUCAAGCUGAUAUAAAGGGUUUUUUCCUAAUCAACAAUAUUGUGCCCGGUGACUAUAAUUUGUAUGCAUGGGUUCCUGGCUUCAUUGGUGAUUACAGAUAUAAUGCUACAAUCACCAUCUCACCGGGAAGAGUCCUUACAUUGGAUUCACUUGUUUAUGUACCCCCAAGGAGUGGACCUACCAUAUGGGAAAUUGGGUUCCCAGAUCGCACGGCUGCAGAAUUCUAUGUACCAGACCCUUACCCUACGCUAAUGAACAAAUUAUACAACGAACAGCACAGAGACAAGUUUAGGCAAUACGGGUUGUGGGAUCGUUACACUGAUUUAUAUCCAGAUGAAGAUCUUGUUUACACUAUAGGUGUUAGCAAGUAUAACAAGGACUGGUUUUAUGCUCACGUUUCAAGAAACAUAGGAAAUAAGACAUACCAGCCAACGACAUGGCAGAUUGUAUUUGAAAAUCAAAGUCAAAUAGUAAAAGGAAACUACACAUUGCAACUGGCCUUGGCAUGUACCAAUGAUGCUGACCUGCAGGUUCGUUUCAAUGAUCCUAACGCUAAUCCUCCAGACUUUGCAACGGGGAAAAUAGGAGGAGAUAGUGCCAUAGCAAGGCAUGGUGUGCAUGGAUUGCACAGGCUGUUCAGCAUUAGUUUACCAAGUGAUCGAAUUGUGAAAGGAACCAACACCAUCUAUCUGAAGCAGUCAAGAGCCAGGAAUCCCUUUCAAGGAGUUAUGUAUGAUUAUAUCCGAUUAGAACGACCUCCAUUGACAUUCAUAUGA